AUGGCCAACGCCUCUGCAAAACGAAUCGCCAGCCAAAAUGAAAUCACAGUCAAGCAGCUACGAAUCGGCUUAUUCCUUCCAACCAUCCUCUCUUUCGUUUUGCGUUUCCUGUUCAGAAGGAGUUCUUUGCCUCCGUCAAAAACUUCGCUAGGUCUAUAUAUCGCAACGUUCUUUCCGGGAUUCUUUCUCUCCAACUACCUCAUAAAAAUUGGGACGACCAGGCGGGAUCCAACGACCGGCACGCUCAUGUCAUAUGGUGAAGAUCUCAGUCAGCCUGGCGUAACCGAGUGGUGGGCAUGCCAGGUCGGAAGCGGCGCUUUUGGUGAAUGGUUUUGGUGGUUAUACAUGGUGAUUCCGUUAUAUGCUAUAUUCAAACUGUGGACAUCCGCUAUUUCUCCGCUACUUCUGGGAAGAGCAGCAGCGGCCGGCGCGAAUGACGUCCCUGAGGAAGAACCUGCAAUCAGUAAACGACAAGAAAAGUUGAAAAAAAGGAGCGAGCGCGGCGAUCCUCGCGUACGUACUCAAAAAAAGUAGAAGGCGACUGAAGUCGGUUCUAUUCUUCUUCCGCCGUGGGAGCUGGGAACCGACUCUACAUCAUCACGGUGCGUUUUCCAUAUCUCCAAACGACGAACAACUUUUAAAUAACUUGGUAUAG